UUGUUUGUUUGAAGAUGAUGAUGAGUUGAAGACUAUAUGUGUUGUUUGAUAUUUGAUAAUUGAUAAUCAUAAACAUCACCAUCCUGCAACUGUUCAUCUGUUUGAAUUUCAAGUUGUAGCUUUUGGGGACCAUUUAAGGGGGCAGAAAACUACAGAUCAAAACUCACUUUCUCAAAUGGUCCUCCUUGUUCAACCUAUGGGCUUUAAUCUGCAUGUUGUGACAUUAAAAAUAUGAAUGCAACAGCAACACCACACCCUUUUUAUUUAGAACUCAUCAUUGACUCUUUUGUCACCAGCUGUUUGUUCUUAAUUAAAUACUCUUUCCUUAUGGAAAUCCAUGUCAAUUCUUGUUGUUGAUUAUAUCCCACUUUCAUCUUCUGCACUGUGUGUGUAAGUUGUUGUUGUAGAUCAUCAUGGAUUGGGUUUUCACACCAUCUUCUUCAUGGGACUUGACCGAACUUGACAUAGAUGAUUUUGAUCUGCUGCCUGAAAACAAUCAAGAUAUGGAGGCGGCUUUUUCUGGUUCCGAUAGGGAUGGAACCGACGGGAUCUUGAGCGAGCAAAAACAUUCAAUAAUGCCAUCUUGUUCAUCCAAGAAACAAAGAGUUGAAUCUAAUGAGCAACAAGUGUCUUGUUUAGUGGACGGAUGCAGGGCGGACCUUAGCGCCUGCAGAGACUAUCACCGUCGUCAUAGAGUAUGUGAAACGCAUUCAAAGACGCCUGUUGUCACCAUAUGUGGCAAAGAGCAGAGAUUCUGCCAGCAAUGCAGUAGGUUCCAUUCACUUGGGGAGUUUGAUGAAGUGAAAAGAAGCUGCAGGAAGCGGCUUGACGGGCAUAACCGUCGUAGGAGAAAGGCUAGACCCGAAUCCAUGUACUUCAAUUACGGGAGCUUUUUCACCAAUCAUCAAGGUACAAAACUACUUCACUUUGGUGGUUCACCGGCGACUACAUUUGGGGACUGGCGCGAAAAACACAACUUGAAACCGAAAUUCCAGGUUACUGCUGAACAGAGAACACCGUCAGAUUCAUAUGCUCGUUUCUGCAGUGUCAGAAAACGAAGGUUCCCGUUUCUGUUGGGCGUUGACUCUGAGAAAGUCCACCAGUCGUUUUCCGAAUCCUCUUUCCAGCAAGUUGUUAACACAAGCCCAUCAUCGGGGCAUCUUCUUGUUGAGCCCAAGAGUGUUCUCUAUCUUCUGUCAAAUUCGAAACACACGAUACAUAAUUCUUCGGUGUCUGAUCCAACUAACAACCUGGUACAGUUCAAUGGUUCAGUGAGUCAGCAUUCAGGUCCACGUCUUCUGUCACGAGAUGUAACAGGACCGAAUAGUGGUCACGCUAAUAAUCAGUUGAUUGGGAUGGUUCACUUCCGGACUGAAGGAUUGUUAGAAAAUGAAGCGGCACGGGUCCUCUCGUUUUCUUGGGAUUAAUCACCAUCUCAAAACUUGGCUACCAUAUUAAAAGUGAUGAAUUGUUAAGCAACUGUAAUGAUAAAAUAAACUGUUUGUUGAUUGUUAUGUAACUGUAAUGAUCCAAUCUACAAUGAUUGCUCAGCAGUAACUGAUUGGCUGUUGUAUUAUGUAUUUAGUUUGAUGUUAUGUGUGAUCAUUUGGUUAUUUAAAGAUCAGGGGGUCAUAUUCAAGUGGAUGACAGUGAUCUUGAAAAUCUGACUCAAAUGCAUCACAUUUGUGUACUUUUUUUAUUAAAUAUAAAUUUAUCUUAUUAUA